AUGUCUUCAAUAUUUACCUUGUAUUCGCGCUAUGCUAAUGGAACUUCACAUCGUUAUGAAACAGUACCGGAUGAAGAAAGGAUUCUUCAACCGAAAAAAUAUUUUCAAUCAUCAGACAUUUUUAGAGAUAUGAUUAUCAGCCUGACAGAUGGCUUAACGAUACCAUUUGCUUUGGCGGCAGGACUAUCGUCUUUAGGACAUAAUUACAUAGUAAUUUUAGGUUGUUUAGUUGAAUUGAUAGCAAGCACGAUAUCUAAAACCGCAAGUGGAUGGGCAACAUCAAAAGCGGCAGAAUAUCAUUAUUGGGCAGAGAGAAAAGAGGAAGAAUUCGAAGUUAGAUAUUACCUAGAAUCAGAGAUUCAAGAAACAAUUGGUAAAUUCAUUCACGAUAUAAUGCAACCUUAUGAGCUAGAUUCUCAAUCUUUAGCGCCGCUUUUUGAAAAGUUAUCCAAUAAUCCCGAGAAAUUUGUAGAUUUUAUAAUGAAAUUUAAAUUCAAUCUUGAAAAACCCGAUCCUACACGUUCUUUGCAAAGCGCAUUAGUAAUUGGAACAUCAUAUUUCGUAUCCGGGUUAAUUCCGAUUAUUCCAUACUUCUUCAUUAAAGAUUGUGUAAUUGGAUUGUAUUUAAGCGGUGGAAUCACAUUAAGUUGCUUAAUUUUAUUUGGAUACGUUAAAG